UGUCGCUGAACGGAAAAUCAUACCGGGGGAGCUUCUGAUGCCGGAGACGCCGGUGCGUCCGUGGAUUUGGGUGCCGGGUGAAAUCCACUGGGCAGGAAAACGGAGACCAAUGUGCCAAGCGGCCAUUGUCCAUUGGCAGGACUCGGGUGCACAGUGCACCGACAUUAUCCCCUUACAGCGUAUUCGCCUAGUUCAGGAUGUCGAGGGCGCCGUCGUACCCGACGACGAAAUCCCUCGAGGCAGCUUUGUUAAGCGCAGUGUGGAACUGGGUGAAGAAUUUCCUUCGCUCUCCACCGGAGUAGCCCAGGCGCUCAUCAAGCGUUUGAAUGGCCGCCUGUCUCACUCCACACCCGUUUUCGUAGUGGACAUCCUGGACGGCCAUUUACAAUACAUUUGCCAGAUCGGCGAUGAAGACACUUACCCGUGGGUCAUUGACGAGUUCAUAGAGAAAGUGCGCAGCGUUGCCAAAGAUUUCCCUGACGAAGCGGUUCCGCCCAUAGAAGACGGUUUUGCGCAGCUGGAGCUACCGACGGAAUUGUGGCAAGAGGUCUUUUCAAACCUGGACACCGUGAAACAGACGCAGCUGCGCGCCGUGUGCGCUAUGUGGAAACAGAUCCUGGAUGGGCCAGCACUGUGUUCCACAAUAGUAAUCGGCAACGAACAGUACAGCCACAAGUUCACGUGGGAAUCGGACAAUUUCCUCUGCUUGGCGAGUGUGAACAAGUGUUUACGCCCCGACACGCAACGCAUCGUCAUAACGCACCUCGGGGAGAAUGAGUGGUGGAGCAUGCACUACGCAAAGGAAGUAUUCGACCUGAUCCGCUACGUGGCUGCCCAACAAACCGGAAUCCGGCUGCGAACUUUGCAUCUGCGCGGCGUCGUCCUUGGCAACCUGAUCAGCCGCUGUUUGGUCGACACUAACGUUGGCCAGAUGGGCGUGAAUUGGUUUCUUCCUGGGCCAGCGCUGGACACGAGGUCCGCUGACAGUGAUCUGGAGUUCAUUGUCGCAUGCCGCAAUCUACCGUGCAAUACCAUCCACAUGACGAACUGCGAAGUUAUUUUGGGGAACUUGCUGACCCAUAGGAAGAAGAUCAGUUUCAAACGUUUGUCACGAUCAACAUCGGCACUGCGCAAUUGCCGCUCGGCGAUGGUUUCGAUUGCGCAUUCCGGGAUGCGUUGGAGGCUUCACUGCCGGAACUAUCGAGUGACCAGCAGCGGUUGAAACACUCAGCGAUCGAGGGCGCCGCAUUGAAGACGGCAGUCUGCAAGAUACUCACUGCGGCGCAGUCGGGCGAUCCGCGUCCGUCGUCGCAUUACCGCGGAAAAGAGUGGAACUUGGAUGCCGAGGGUCUUCAAGAUCUGCAGUGGGAGAAGCUGUCGCGCAUUACUCGGCGUUUGCUCGUCGAACUGCAAACGUCGACGAGGGAAACGGAUUUUAGAUGUUGUUUCGGUCCAGAACAUUUCGACUCCUUGUAGUUGCUACUGGACAC